AUGCGGAAGUACAGCAAUCUACGCGACAACCAGCUUUCUUCGCUCCAGGCGGGUCUUUUCGACGGCCUGAAUGCGCUGCAAUAUCUCUAUCUGAAUGGAAACCAGCUGGCUUCGCUCCCCGCGGAGAUAUUCGACGGUCUGGGUGCCCUGCGAAGUUUACUUCUAGAUGACAACGAACUCGCUUCGCUCCCUGUGGGCAUUUUCGGCGGUCUGGAUGCGCUUAUAUUCCUCUCUCUGUAUGAGAACCAGCUUGUUUCGCUCCCCGCGGGGAUUUUCGACGGUCUGGGUGCGCUGCAAUAUCUCUAUCUUUAUAGCAACGAACUCGCUUCGCUCCCCGCGGGGCUUUUCGACGGAAACGAUGGGCUGCGCAACAUCUAUCUGAAUGGCAACCAGCUGGAUUCUCUCCCCGUGGAGCUUCUGGACGGUUUGGGUUCUCUAAGAAACCUCUAUCUGCAUGGCAACCAGCUCGCUUCGCUCCCCGCGGGGCUCCUGGACGGUCUGGACGCGCUUCAACUUCUGUCACCUCUUCUCACGGACGACAGCCUGUUCCUCCCAGAUGGUUUUGAGGAUGGCGGCAUAUGCUCUUGCCCUGAGGAGGACGGUGCGUGUGAAUCUGACGAAUCUUGCGCUCCUGGCACAGACGGCUACACCUGCAGCACUGAUGGCGGUGGGGACGACGAGCUCUCCGCCGCCGUGGUUGCGGAGGCGGAUGAGGAGGCAGACACGCAGGAGGGGAAUGUGGCCGCAGGGACCGGCGCUUUCUUCCGCUCGGGUGGCCUCUUCGCCGCCGCCGCCACCGCCGUUGCCGCUGCCAGCUUCGCCACGCAGCUGCUGGCCGGACAAUGA